AUGGAAACCGUCACCAAGGCCGUCCACGCAGCUUCGACUGCUAUAUGGGGCGAGAGCAAUGACAACCAGUCGACCCAGCCACACGGCGAAGAGCCCAUCUCAGGCGUGCAGGGCAAAGGUGCUGCCAAUGACCCUUAUGACGCGGGAAAUCGUGAUGAACAACCCUCAGCUCCCACCACAGAGAUCGAUCCAUUGGCCCAGGAGCCUAAGCUAGACUAUAAGCCGCAAACGAUGGAUGCAAAGACAGAUGCCACGGGCACCGAAGUGCCUGAUAUCAAUAGCACUACAGCUGUUACUCUUCCCAAGCCUACCGAAACUACUAGCAGCAAUGCGCCAACCCAGACCGGGGCAUCAGAGCAGCGCAGCACAGAAAGUACCGAGAAAUCCGAACCCACAGAAAACACAACAGCGGGAAGCAGCGGCGCUGGCAGCAGCAAUUCCGAUACCUCAGGGUCGGCGAAACAGGGUGUGAGCAAGGAAGCAUUAGAGGGACCACAAGGUCCUGCACCCCACCCCGCGUCGGAAUUCGAGGACGAGGCCAAGGGAAAGAAGCCUGCCGCCAAGGCGGCCAAGCCAGCCGAGUCCGAAUCUCCACCCAGCUCUAGCUCUGCAAAGAGUGAUCCUUCCGCUAAGAGCCCAAGUAAAGCCUCUAGUGGUGAUGGUAAUGGUAAUGGCAAGCAUAGCACCAUGGCCAAGGUAAAGGAAGGAUUGAAGAAGGUUGCCCACCCGCGACAUGGAAGCAAGUCCUCGUCCUCUUCUUAA